AAAGAAAAAGUCACACACCAUUAUCUUUAUCUGCAUCGAUGGAGCAUUCCUUUAUAUAUUUUAUAUGCAUUGAUGAUUUCUAGGUUUAGGGGGUAUCUUUAUCUUGUUUAUUUGGUUUCAGAGUAUACUUGCUAAACUAUCUUACUCUUUGUCAACGCAUCUACCGAUCAGGCCCAUGACAAACAAUCUGCAAAGCAUCCAAAAUCUGGGGUUUUAUCCUAAUUUUGAUUUUCCACUGCUUAUGGCCAUCCACUUCAUAUAUAAGCUUAAACCCAUUUUCAAAGACUCGUUUUAUAAUUCACUCUUUGUCAAUGCAUCUACUCAUCAGACCCAAAACAAUCUGCAAGAAUAUCCAAAUUCUGGGGUUUUAAUCCAAACUUCGAUUUGCUACUGCUUAUGGACACCCACUUCAUGUAAAAGCUUAAAACAACCUCCUCCAAGUAGUUUAGCAUCGGAGUAGCUUUUAAUAUUUAUUCGAAUUUUGCACUACUGUUGUGUUAACAACAAGAAUGGUGUUGAGCAUAUUUGCAGCAGCAAUUGUAUUACUCCCAAUUGCACUUGCUUCUCUGCUUUUUUUGCAGAACAUUUUCAAAAGCAAGUGGAGUAGUGAUUCAUACCCACCUGUGGCCGCUACAAUAGUUGGUCAUAUUCUCAAUUUCAAGAGGAUACAUGAUUUCUAUGCAGAUCAUCACUACCGCUAUAAAACAUACAGAUUAGCUUAUCCUACUCACAGCUAUGUUUAUACGACUGAUCCUGCAAAUGUGGAGUACAUACUCAGAACCAAUUUCACAAAUUAUGGCAGGGAAAAUUUCAACCAUGAAAUUAUGGCAGAUCUCCUUGGGGAUGGGAUUUUCACCGUGGAUGGAGAGAAAUGGAAGCAACAGAGAAAAUUAUCAAGUUUAGAAUUCUCCACCAAAAUUUUGAAGGAUUUUAGUAGUGUUGUUUUUCGAAAAUGUGCAGUGGAGCUUUCUGGAAUUUUAUUAGAAGCAUGCAGAACAAAUAAAAUAGUUGAAAUGCAGGGUCUCUUACUGAAAUCAACAAUGGAUUCAAUCUGCAAAGUGGGUUUUGGGAUAGAGAUGAACAGCUUAUCAAAGUCGAACUCUGGUUCAGAAGCUUCUUUUGCAAGGGCUUUUGAUACUGCAAAUGGUAUGGUUUUAUGGCGUUAUCUUGACAUUACUUGGAAAUUCAAAAGAUAUUUCAAUAUUGGAUCAGAGGCCAUCUUGAGAGAGAGUAUCGAAACUGUGGAUGAUUUUAUCUACAAGAUCAUUCAAAGCAGAAGGCAAGAGAUUUCUGCACAAAACGGCAAUGAAAAGCCAGAUCUACUGUCUCGCUUUAUUAGAUUAAGUGAAGAAGGGCCAGAAAAAUUAUCUGACAAGUAUCUACGGGACAUUAUGCUGAAUUUCAUAAUUGCUGGUAGGGACACAACUGCAGUUACACUCGCUUGGUUCAUUUUUCUGCUCUGCAAGAAUCCAGGUGCUGAAGAAAAGAUUCUUCAAGAAAUUCAUGAUGUGGUUGAGGAAAAUGAAUGUGGAUCCUUGGCAGAAUCUAUUAGUAUGUUUGCCCAAGGUCUAACACACAGGGUAUUGGAUAAGAUGCACUAUCUUCACGCAUCUUUAUCAGAAACAUUGCGCUUAUACCCAGCUGUUCCGGUGGAUGCCAAGCAUGUCGAUUCUGAUGAUACCCUUCCAGAUGGAUAUGGAAUGAAGAAAGGUGAUUUGGUGAACUAUGUCCCUUACUCUAUGGGCAGAAUGGAAUAUCUUUGGGGAAUUGAUGCUAAGGAGUUUAAGCCUGAAAGAUGGCUUGAGAAUGGGGUUUUCCAAUCUCAGUCACCUUUCAAAUUCACAGCAUUUCAAGCGGGACCUCGCAUCUGUCUUGGCAAAGAGUUUGCAUACCUGCAAAUGAAGAUUGUUGCUGCCGUUCUUCUUCGUUUCUUCAAAUUUGAAGCUGUUGAAGGGAAGGAAGUCACAUAUCAACCUUCACUUACACUCCAUAUGAAUGAAGAUGGAUUAAAUGUUCAUAUCAAAUGUCGGUCAGAUAAUAAGUGAAAACAGCUUAUAAGGCAUAUGAUUUAGUUUUAGUUCAUAUCCUUUGUAGGUAAUCUGACAUUUUCCUUGAUCAUUGUAAUAUAAUCAUAUUCAGAUGUCUACUUAGAAGGAAGAUGGUUAUUAUAAUAAGUAUCUGUAAUGUCAGAUAUCCUCUUAGGUUAAGUUUAUGGCUUAGUUUAUAGUGUUUGUAGAUUGGGAUUUCCUUUUCAUCUCCUAAAACAUAAAUUUUGUUUAUUGAAAUACUUAUUCCAGACAUUCAAGGCACUCUUUUUGUUUU